AUGGCCUUCACGGCGGAUGGGGAGCCGGUGGCCUCGGAGUCCGAUGCCUUCUACUUCCCCUGGUCAGGAACCGAUGUGUCGCGGAGGGAGAUCUCUUGCAUACUUCCUGGCCAGCUUUACCUCACCAACUGCCGUGGCGUGGAGGACUUGUCGGCUCUGCAGGAGCUGGGCAUAACUCACGUCCUGUGCAUCAAUGAGCAGGAGAACCUGUUUCCUGACAAGUUGGUCUACUAUAACGUCUCCGAUGUCACGGAUGACCCAGAAAUGGCGGAGGCUCUCAAGGCCAAGUUCACCGACGCCUUCGACUUCAUCGAUGCCGCUAGCGCAGCAGGCCGCUGCGUCGUGCACUGCGCAGCUGGCAUCUCGCGCUCCAGCACGCUGGUCCUUGGCUACUUGAUUGCCAGGAAGGGGAUGACGCUGAGGCAGGCCUUCGUUCACACCAUCUGCCGGCGCCGGGUCAUCUGGCCGAACGACGGCUUCUGGGAGCGGCUGGUGGAGCUGGAGCGGGAGGCCUUGCAUCUGGAGGCGCCCUCGCUGCCCCUGCCUCUCUACCAGCAGUGGGCGGAGAUGACGGAGGAGGAUCACCGCAAGGCUGCGACCACAUUGGAUCGCGGGCCGUGA